AUGGCUUCUUCAAGCCUGGGCAGCUCAAUCCCCGCGCCAGAGGCUGUUCAGCUUUUGGUAUCUUCUUUGGCUGAUGAUUCCUCUGUGGUUAGAGAAGCUUCCAUGGCUUCCUUGAGGGAUAUUGCUUCACUGAAUCCGCUUCUGGUUCUAGAUUGUUGCUAUGCUGUGUCACGUGGAGGAAGAAGGCGGUUUGGUAACAUGGCUGGGGUUUUUCAAGUGAUGGCAUUCAGUGUUGGUGCGUUGGAGACAGGGGAGAGUGAUGAAGUUUUCAUGGGAAAGCUUGCUAAGAUUGCUACAGCUGAGAUUAUUUCUUCCAAGGAACUAAAUGCUGAUUGGCAAAGGCAAGCGUCAGGGCUGCUUGUCUCAAUUGGAACACAUUAUCCUGAUCUUAUGAUGGAAGAAAUAUUUCUUCAUCUGUCUGGUCCAGCUUCAGCUUCACCUGCUAUGGUUCAAAUUCUUGCUGACUUUGCCUCAUCUGAUGCUUUGCAGUUCACUCCACGCCUGAAAGAUGUACUUUCAAGGGUGUUGCCUAUUCUUGGGAAUGUUCGAGAUGUACACCGACCAAUAUUUGCAAAUGCAUUUAAGUGCUGGUCUCAGGCAGUGUGGCUAUACAUCACAGAUCUUACCUCAGAUUCUCCUCUUGACAGCGAUGUCAUGUCUUUUCUAAAUUCAGUUUUUGAGCUGCUGUUAAGAGUUUGGACAACCUCCCGAGAUCAUAGGGUGAACGAGUUUUGUGUAGACUUGUGUCGUUCUUCUAAAUGUAGCGAUUAUUCAAUCUUAUCAUGUAAACUUUUUAGGUAUAAGAAAGAUCACGACGAUGCUCUUUUGGCGACAUGUAGUCUUUACAACCUAUUAAAUGCCGCAUUACUUUCUGAGACUGGUCCUCCACUGCUUGAGUUUGAGGACCUUACAUUUGUUCUGUCAACACUUAUUCCUGUGAUCAGUAUGAAUAGUGAAAACAAAAGGCACUCAGGUAGUUCACUGGGACGAAAGGCAUACAAUGAAGUGCAGCGGUGUUUUCUGACUGUUGGCUUGGUUUACCCCGAGGAUUUGUUUACAUUUCUUCUUAAUAAAUGCAAGUUGAAAGAAGACCUUUUGACUUUUGGUGCUCUCUGUGUUUUGAAACAUCUGCUUCCGAGGUUAUGUGAAGCUUGGCACUCAAAACGGCUUCUUUUGAUUGAGGCUGCAAGGUCUUUGUUAGAUGAGCAAAGUUUAGCUGUUCGAAAAGCUCUCUCAGAGUUGAUCGUGGUCAUGGCUUCACAUUGCUAUCUGGUCGGUCCAUCUGGGGAAUUAUUUGUUGAAUACCUUGUACGCCAUUCUGCAAUAAGAGAGAAUGAUAAUCUGAAGGCAAAAGGGGAGGCAAUUAGUCCAACACAGCUAAGAGCAGUUUGUGGAAAAGGUCUUCUGCUCUUGACCGUUACAAUCCCAGAGAUGGAGUACAUUCUUUGGCCUUUCCUACUGAAAAUGAUAAUCCCUAAGGUUUACACUGGCGGUGUUGCAACAGUGUGUAGAUGCAUAUCUGAAUUGUGUCGUCGUAGAUCUUCAACGACCCCCAUGUUGAUUGAGUGUAAAGCUCGUGCUGAUCUUCCAAGCCCCGAGGAGUUGUUUACUCGUUUGGUGGUUCUUUUGCAUAAUCCUCUGGCAAAAGAGCAGUUAGCAACCCAAAUUUUGACGAUUCCAAAAAUGAAGGCGUAUGUCUUUGACACAGAAGACCUGAAGCUUGAUCCAUCUUACCAGGAAAAUUGGGAUGACAUGAUAAUCAAUUUCUUAGCAGAAUCACUUGAUGUCACCCACGAUGCUGACUGGGUUAUAUCUCUUGGAAAUGCUUUUGCAAAACAAUACAAUCUUUAUACUCCGGAUGAUGACCAUGCAGCACUUCUACACCGGUGUAUGGGUAUACUUCUCCAGAAAGUUAAUGAUAGAUCAUAUGUUCGUGACAAGAUUGACUGGAUGUAUGAACAGGCUGACAUUUCUAUACCUGCAAAUAGACUUGGCUUAGCGAAGGCUAUGGGGCUGGUCGCUGCUUCUCACUUGGACACUGUUCUGGAAAAGCUCAAAGUGAUUUUGGAUAAUGUUGGGCAGAGUAUUUUCCAAAGGAUCUUAUCUCUCUUCUCUGAGAGCUAUAAAACAGAAGACAGUGAUGAUAUACAUGCUGCUUUGGCUUUGAUGUAUGGAUAUGCCGCGAAAUAUGCCCCCUCGUCGGUUAUUGAGGCCAGAAUAGAUGCACUUGUCGGCACGAAUAUGCUCUCACGGCUUCUUCAUGUGCGACAGCAAACAGCAAAACAAGCUGUUAUAACUGCUAUUGAUUUGUUAGGUCGUGCUGUCAUAAAUGCUUCAGAAAGUGGUGCUAAAUUUCCAUUGAAAAGAAGAGAUAUGAUGCUUGAUUAUGUAUUGACUUUGAUGGGUCGAGAUGAAAAUGAAGGUUUUGCAGAAUCUAGUCUUGAACUUUUACACACUCAGGCACUUGCUCUAAAUGCCUGCACAACCCUGGUCUCUGUCGAACCGAAGCUGACCAUUGAAACUCGAAAUCGUGUCAUGAAGGCUACGUUGGGAUUCUUUGCUUUGCCUAAUGAUCCAUCAGAUGUCAUAGGUCCCCUUAUAGACAAUCUUGUGUCUCUUUUGUGUGCCAUCCUCCUUACGAGGUAUUUAUGA